CCUGUACAUUGCAUAUUUCAUUCAAAUUACCACAGCGAAAUGCUGCUACAUGAUACCGACAGUUAGAUAUGGAUAACAAUGGGAGUGCUUAUAGACUAUUAAAAAACGUAGUGGACACAUUGAAUUGCAAAUACAAGAUAUUUCCUGUUGCAGGCCUAAUUAUAGGUGGUUUGUCUUUGGCAUGGUUUCUAUGCACUGCAUAUUGCAGCAAGAGAAAACAGUGGCGUUCAGAAACUAAUGGACAUGGUAAUAGAUCCGUCGAACCUGAAAAGCCAAGAGUGUCUAUCUUUGCAAGUGAUUUGAUAUUUAAGAAAGGAACUUACGAUCUGAUCGAACGAUGUCUAGAUCCGCUGGUUCAAUUAGCAGAUCACACUCAAUUAUAUGUGUUUUUUGAGGUCUCUAAUGAAAGUGAUAUCGCAAACAUUUUAGCAAGCCUUGAUUCUGCAGGAGCGUUUCGUGGAGGACUUAUGAAACAUCGGGUGUUGUUCUCUCAAACAAGUGCCGGUCGUGGAUCUAUGGUUAGGCAACUGCAACCCCGUAUUCAUAUGGAAACGAAUGCGGCCGUUGUACAGGCUAUCACUGGCAAAGUGGCCAAUAUCAUGCAUUAUGUGGCAGGCAACGGUGCCUCUGAAGCAUCUCAAAUAGAUGACAAAUCAGGGCAAUGCGUACCCAUAUCAGUUGAAUCAACCGCAGCAAUAGUCGAUAUCAUACUGCCAUUUGUUGCAGAAACAUAAACUGAAAUG